CCGAGCACUAUCCGUCUUCGUUUAACUUUCGGCGAGCAACAAGGAUAAAGGAUGACUCCUCGAGCCUUGCGAUCACCAAGUGGAACGUAAUCUCUGUGUGAGACCUCAUGUGGAGACCGGUGGGGAUCAAAGAUCAACACGCAUUUGGAAGGGUACCGUCGUGAUUCUUAUGUCAUCGAAUAGAAAAAAGACAUGACACAUUUCUCUCCCACCUCCUCACGAUAUAUAUCGCGUGUAAAUCAGUGUGUAAUUUAGUAUAUUGAAUGAGUUGAAUUUUGGGGGAGUCGAGAAUUUCAAAAUGACACAGGACUAAUUAGUGUGAUUGCAAAAGAGCAACAUGAUAUGAAAAGCAAGUUCUCGAUAAAUAUAUAUACGAUGAUCGACUAUAAUAAAUAUAACCUCUUUUGGCUUACGAGAUGAUGAGUAAUCUCAUAGAUGCCCAUUGGUUUCCCCUGGCAUCGCAGGGAAACAUUUAUUCCAUGACCAAACUGUGUUCUCCCAGUAGUUCCAACAAAUUAUUAGUUGCAUCCUUGAAAAGAAAGAUUUAUUCUUGUGAAUAUCAUCAAAUGACGGAAUUUCUGAGGCCUAUGGUAAAGGAACUACUAUUUACUUACAUUCCCAGUGGUGCAGAAAUUAUCUCUAUUGAUGCUUACAAUAAAUCAGACACGGGAGAAAGUUUUGUAAUAGGAAUAACAAUUAUGAAAACAAGCACAGAUACAAUCGAGAGAUAUCUAAACAUAUAUACAGAGGGUGCGAUAGAUGGUGAAGGAGACGAAGGUAGCUCCAUUGAAGCUACAGCUCAAAAUUGUCUUAUGGUAGAACUAUCAUAUACUCCUUAUCAUUUAUAUCAUACCGUUUUACCGCAACAAAAUUUUACACGUGAGGUGGUCUGGUUAAUAUCUGGAAGUGAUUACAAAAUUCACAUGAUAAGAGAAGAUAAAUUAAGUCAUGUUUACAGUGAGUCCUCCAUUGAAAAAUAUUUCCCAGAGUUGCAUGAUCUCCAAGCAAUCGCGUUAUGGAUUAAUAUUUAUUAUUAUGACAAUUAUAAGCGGAGAGUCACCGCUGUAGGUUGUGAAUGUGGUCUAGUCAAAAUUUCCGUGAUAAACAUGAUGGAUCUACAAGUUUCUCAAAGCUGGCUAUUGAGAUAUGAUAAGCCUGUACCUAGUGUAAUAAUAUUUCCACAUCAAAAUUUCGUCUGUAAACCAGCAUUUAUAAAUGCCAAUACCAAAGCUGAGAAAUGUAUUCCUGAGGAUGACAUCCCCAAAUUAAACAUUGUUAUUUCAAGUACAAGUAACGCUGUUGUUUUUGAGAAUAUUUUAGAACAUGGCAUGAAACGGGACGUAAUAUUGAGCGGUAGCGAAUCGUCGGAUUGUGUUUUGUGUUGCUGCAUAGCAGACAUAAAUAUGGAUGGCCAAAACGAAAUAUUACUCGGCACGUACGGUCAAGAAGUUUUAAUUUUCGCAUUGACAAAUAAUGCAUGGGAAUUAACUGCCAGGAAAUUGUUCGACGCUCCCGUGCAUUCUAUAAGUUACAUGGAUAUAACAAAUGAUGGAAUAAAGGAACUGAUUGUAUUAACACAACAGGGUGUACACAUAUUACAGCAUAACAUAGCUGAUGUGCGAGCAAAAUGGAGAGAACGUUAUGGAAAAUUACUUAAUAUAAUAACUCGAAAAAAAUUGUAGUAUUUGUAACAGGAAAGGAUAAUUUCUUUUAUAUAUUUUAUAUCUGUC